UUGCCUACAUACACCAUUAUUAAUUAUAGUAUUAUUUUUCUUUCGAUACAAAAAUCUCCAUUUUUUGUGUUAUCAAAGCAUGCUUUCAAUAUUUCAAUCUAGAUUGACUGGUUUAGACUCUGUACUCAAUUUACAAACCACUUGCCUUAGCAACAAAAACAAACAGAGAUGGCAUAUGGCUUUUGCUACUAUCUAUUGUUCCAGGGCCUUCUCUGCUUGCUUGGAAGCCAACAAAAAGAAAAAGGUAUCCCCUAUUCUUCCUUCUAACCCAGUCGUUGUCAUCGAUGUUUUUGAACCUCCACACCCCUGUUUCAGCAACAUUGAUAAGUCAAGCCUCACCCAACUUGUCAACAAGAAAAAUCUAACCCAGCUUGUUGAAAAAUAUGAUGGAGUUGAAGGUUUAGCUUCUUCCCUCAAAACCAAUUUGGAGCAUGGAAUAAAUGGCGACGACGAAGAAGAUAUUUCAAGCAGGCACGAAGCUUUUGGCACCAACACAUAUCAAAGCCCUCCCACGAAAGGUUUCUAUCGUUUCGUGUGGGAGGCUUUGAAAGAUACUACUCUUAUAAUCCUUUUAGUAUGUGCAGCACUGUCACUUGGAUUUGGCAUAAAAGAAAAUGGGCUGAAAGAAGGGUGGUAUGAUGGAGGAAGCAUAUUUGCUGCUGUCUUUCUAGUCAUAGCAGUCUCAGCCAGAAGUAAUUUCAAGCAGAAUAGGCAAUUUCUCAAAUUAUCUAAAGUUAGCAACAAUAUCCUAAUUGACGUUGUGAGAAAUGGCAGGCGGCAACAAGUUUCGAUUUUUGAAAUUGUUGUUGGAGAUGUUGUUUGCUUGAAGAUUGGAGACCAGGUUCCAGCUGAUGGGUUGUUCAUAGAUGGUCACUCGCUACAAGUUGAUGAAUCAAGCAUGACAGGCGAAAGUGAAAAUGUAGGGGUAAAUUUCACUCAAAAUCCAUUCUUGUUUUCUGGUACCAAGGUGGCUGAUGGGUUUGGCCGAAUGCUUGUCACAUCGGUUGGCAUGAACACAACAUGGGGUGAGAUGGUGAGUACAAUCAGCUGCGACACCAAUGAGCAGACGCCUUUACAAGCUCGACUCAACAAGCUAACCUUGGCCAUAGAUAAGGUUGGUUUGGUGGUUGCUUUCCUAGUUCUUAUAGUGCUGUUGGUUCGCUACUUCACAAGGAAUACAAAAGAUGUGAAUGGAAAUACAGAGUUCAAUGGAAGCAAGACGAAAGUUAAUGAAAUUAUCAAUUCUGUUGUGGGGAUUGUAGCUGUUGCAGUAACUAUUGUAGUUGUUGCGAUUCCUGAAGGCUUACCAUUCGUUGUCACACUUACUUUGGCUUAUUCCAUGAAGAGAAUGAUGGCUGAUCAGGCAAUGGUACGAAAGCUCUCUGCUUGUGAAACAAUGGGUUCUGCCACCGUCAUAUGUACUGACAAAACCGGGACCCUCACACUCAACCAGAUGAAGGUGACAAAGUUCUGGCUCGGCCAAGAAUCUAUGGAGGAAAGAGGUUCAACUUCAAUUUCAGACAAUGUUCUUGAAUUUCUCCACCAAGGUGUCAGUUUCAAUACCACAGGUUCUGUUUACAAGUCCACUUCAGGAUCUGAGUUUGAGUUCUCUGGCAGCCCCACCGAAAAGGCAAUUCUUUCUUGGGCUGUCUUGGAGCUAAACAUGGAUAUGGAGAAACUAAAGCAGAGUUGUACAAUUCUCCAUGUUGAAGCCUUCAAUUCAACAAAGAAAAGAAGUGGCGUUUCAAUAAGGAAGAAGGAUGGCAAUACGAUCAACGUCCAUUGGAAAGGGGCUGCAGAGAUGGUACUUGCAAUGUGUUCCCAUUACUAUGAUUUCUUUGGGAAAAUUAAGGUCUUGGAUGAUGUUGAAAGGAUGAAAUUUGAUCAAAUGAUUCAAGGUAUGGCGGCAAGCAGCCUUCGAUGCAUCGCUUUUGCUCAUAAACAAGUUCAAGAAGAAGAGAAUGAAGGUGAAAAAGUGAACAAAAUUUUGAAGGACAACAACUUGACCCUUUUGGGAUUGGUAGGUAUAAAGGAUCCGUGUCGACCUGAAGUGAAGAAAGCUGUGGAAGCUUGUCAAUAUGCUGGAGUGAACAUCAAAAUGAUCACUGGCGACAAUGUUUUCACUGCUAGAGCUAUAGCCACUGAAUGCGGGAUACUUGAGCCUGAUCAAUACAUAAAUAGUGGAGCAGUGGUAGAAGGUGAGGAAUUUCGCAAUUACACGCCAGAGGAGCGAUUGGAGAAAGUUGAUAAAAUCUGUGUGAUGGCAAGAUCUUCCCCAUUCGAUAAACUUCUUAUGGUGCAAUGCCUGAAACAGAAAGGCCAUGUUGUGGCAGUUACUGGUGAUGGCACAAAUGAUGCACCAGCAUUGAGGGAAGCUGAUAUUGGUCUUUCUAUGGGAAUUCAAGGGACUGAGGUGGCUAAAGAGAGCUCAGACAUUGUCAUUUUGGACGAUAACUUUGGUUCUGUAGUCACGGUCUUGAAGUGGGGAAGAUGUGUUUACAACAACAUCCAAAAAUUCAUCCAAUUCCAGCUCACUGUGAACGUUGCUGCCCUUGUCAUCAACUUUGUUGCAGCAGUUUCAUCUGGUCAAGUCCCACUUACAGCGGUCCAGUUAUUGUGGGUAAACUUGAUCAUGGACACGUUGGGUGCAUUAGCUCUAGCCACAGAGAAGCCCUCCAAGGAGCUCAUGGAAAAACCACCUGUAGGUCGGACUAAGCCACUCAUCACCAACAUUAUGUGGAGGAACUUGCUAGCUCAAGCAUUCUACCAGGUAGCUGUGCUAUUGACCUUACAAUUCAGAGGCAAAUCAAUCUUUGGGGCGAAUACAAAUGUCAACGACACACUGAUCUUCAAUACUUUCGUGCUUUGCCAAGUUUUCAAUGAAUUCAAUGCAAGGAAGCUCAAGAAGAAGAAUGUUUUCAAGGGAAUACACAGGAGCAAGUUGUUUUUGGCAAUCAUUGGGAUAACCAUUGUUCUUCAAGUGGUUAUGGUGGAAUUCUUGAAGAAAUUUGCGAGCACAGAGAGGUUGAAUUGGAGGCAAUGGGCAGUAUGUAUUGGAUUUGCUGCAGUAUCUUGGCCGAUUGGUUGGCUUGUGAAGUGCAUACCUGUUCCAGAGAAACCAUUUUUCAGCUACCUCAAAUGGAGCUAUACAAAAAAACUUGUAUAUAUGAAUAUUUGAUAUGUCAUUGGUGUUUCUACA